UCCAGAUGCAUACGUUUCAGUAGCCUCAACCUCCCUGUAGUCUCAACUAAUGUUAUCAUGAAAUGGCAUUGCUCACUGGGAAUGCAGAUCCCGAGUUCAGCUCCUACUCCUUCAAUAACUUGGAAAACCUGUGUGAAGUGCAAACCAAGAAAGGAUUCUUCUACAAAAAGGCCAAACUUCUGCACCCUGGGGAAGAUUUGUGCUGCUUAUCCCACCUGGAUGACCGGACGAGGUUUGUGAUCAUCAACGUAGGUGGUAUUAAAUACAGAGUUCCAUGGACCACCUUGGAGAACUGCCCCUUGACCAGGCUUGGAAAGCUAAAAUCUUGCAACAAUUAUGACGAAAUCAUGAACAUCUGUGAUGAUUAUGAUGUUAGCUGCAAUGAAUUUUUUUUUGACCGUAAUCCUAGUGCCUUCAGGACGAUCAUGACUUUCCUGACAGCUGGGAAGCUGAGGCUUCUCAGGGAAAUGUGUGCUCUUUCUUUUCAGGAGGAGCUGGUGUACUGGGGGAUAGAAGAGGACCACCUGGAGUGGUGCUGUAAAAAGAGAUUGCGACAGAAAGAGGAGGAGGCAGCUGAGGCCAGGCUCUAUGAAGGGGAGAUGGUGUUUAGUGAAGCUACGCAACGUGCCUUCCAAGACAACAGCCGAUUGAGUUUGUGCAUGCAAAAGCUCAGGGAUAUGGUGGAGAAUCCCCACUCAGGGAUCCCAGGAAAGAUCUUUGCCUGUAUUUCAAUAUCUUUUGUUGCCAUCACUGCAAUCAGCCUCUGCAUUAGCACCAUGCCAGAUGUCAGAGAAGAAGAAGAUCGGGGUGAAUGCACACGGAAGUGCUAUGACAUCUUUGUGCUGGAGACGGUGUGCGUGGCGUGGUUUUCAUUUGAGUUCCUGCUGCGAUCCAUCCAGGCAGAGAACAAGUGUGCUUUCCUGAAAACCCCACUCAACAUCAUUGACAUCCUGGCCAUCUUGCCUUUCUAUAUCUCUCUCAUUGUGGAUAUGGUCUCCACGAAAAACAGCAGCAAGCCCAGUGGGGGAGCUGGGAACAAGUACCUGGAACGAGUGGGGCUGGUGCUGCGCUUCCUGCGGGCUCUGCGCAUCCUGUACGUGAUGCGGUUGGCGCGGCACUCGCUGGGGCUGCAGACACUGGGGCUCACCGUGCGCCGCUGCACCAGGGAGUUCGGGCUUCUCCUGCUCUUUCUCUGUGUUGCCAUGGCCCUCUUCUCACCAUUGGUGUACUUGGCGGAGAGCGAACUGGGAGCCAAGCAAGAAUUCACAAGUGUCCCCACCAGUUACUGGUGGGCUGUGAUCUCCAUGACAACUGUUGGCUACGGUGACAUGGUACCUCGUAGCAUCCCUGGACAGGUGGUAGCGCUGAGCAGUAUUUUGAGUGGGAUUUUGCUGAUGGCUUUCCCAGUCACAUCCAUUUUUCAUACCUUUUCCCGUUCCUACAGUGAGCUGAAGGAGCAGCAGCAACAAGCAGCAAGCAGGCAGAUGCGCAAGCUAGAAGAGAGUGCCAAACUCCUAGGUGGUGACAGUACACAGGGGCUCAGUGUCACAUUCCUACCAGAUGCUGCUGGGCAGGAGGGUCUAGGAAUGGACUAG